CGGCGGCAAAAUCGCCAGUCGAAGCCAGAAAUUCAAAUAACUGUAUGUGGCUGCUCGAGAGGCAGCACUGAAAUAUAUAUAGGUUUGAAUGAAUGGUGAAAUAAAGAAAAGAUGAGGAUAAAAACUGUUGCAGAUUCCUCAGACAGUAAUCUACUAAGAAUUAAGAUACCUAGUUGGUGUGUGAAUUAGUCAGUUUUGAACCUGGAAUGAUCAAAGCUGGUAUUUCCGUUGAACUUCAAGUCUUUGAUGAAUAAUUUUUCUUGAAGUCCUUGACGCCUAAAUGCUCAAGACCUUCAUGUACUUCAUAGUCGUAUUAUUGUUCCAUUUGUUCUUUAUCCGACGAUUGGCUUGAUUGGAUGAAUCUUAUAGCUCUCGUGUUAUCUUGGUGAAAUUUUUUAUUGUAUGAGCUCUAUUUCCUUUUUUUUGAAAAAAAAAAAAAAUAUGUUCAGAAAUGUAAUGUCAAAAUUCAUAUAUUAAUACAAUUUUAUUAAGAGUGUUACUAUUUAUAAACAAAUAACAAUAGAAUUGAAAUUCUAAUAAUCAUUACAAAUGUAGCUCCCACUAUCCCCUACUUUUCUUAAAAGAAAAAAAAAAUCAUAAAUAUUGAAAAAACAUUAUUAGAAUAAAAAUUAAAGCAGGGUCUUCUUAGAUGCACUAUUUAUACGUGGUAAUAAACAGCCUGUUUAAUUAUACAAAUUCAUAAAUUAUGUAGAAGCAGAGACCCAUGCAUGCAUAACAGCAUAACCCCACUCCACACGUAACUACGUGGGAAGCUCCCUUCACCUGAAACGAAACAAAGCCUUCCACAAAUUUCAUCCCAUCAUUUAAUGUAUUUUCUUUAUCUCUCUAUAUAUACAAUUCCACUCAGAACUUACUAAUUAGCACAUUUCAAUACACACACACUAUAGUACUAAACAACUUCGUAUUAACUACAUGGAAAACAAUCAUGUUAGUCAACGAGAACAGCGCUAUUCCGUUGACCAAGUAUCUUACAGAGGAGUUCGCCGGAGGAAAUGGGGCAAAUGGGUAUCGGAGAUCCGGGAGCCGGGUAAGAAAACCAGGAUUUGGCUCGGGAGCUACGAGACGGCCGAGAUGGCUGCAGCCGCUUACGAUUCCGCAGCUAUUUACCUCCGAGGACGUGGGACACAUCUCAACUUUCCGGAGCACGCUGGCAGUUUUCCUCGGCCGGAAAGCUUUAGCUCCGAGCACGUUCAAGUGGCUGCUCGAGAGGCAGCACUAAUGUUUAAACCGGGUGUGCCGUUUACGGAACACGCUAUCGGGUCUGGCCAAGGACCUUCGCGGGUAGGAUUGUCUCCAGAUCAGAUUCAGGCUAUCAUUGACUUUCCAAUGGACUCGCCAAGAAUGGGGUGGAUGCAAGAUCUGGAAGUGAAUGAUUAUGAGGAGUUGUACGGACGGUGUUGUGGACAGUGCGAUGGAGACGAGUUUUCUGAAAUACAGCCGCUUCAAUCUAUAUGGGAUUUUUAACUAAACUUAGGGGGUGUAUGUUGGAUCUAAAUUUAUAAUGAUGGUUAGAAUUCUAAAAUUUUAUAGUUAUUGGUUAAUGAAUUCUAGCAUUCUUAUAUAAUUAAAUUAAAUAUUAUUGGUUUCAUGAUUCAAAAAGUUUGGAUUUUAAUGAUUUUAUAAAUUUUAUCAAAAUCUAGUGUUAUUAGAACUUGAAUUCUUAACAUUUUACCUCAUAGAACAUAACUUUCAAAAUAUUGUAUGAAAAACUCUUUAGAACUUUCAAUAAAUUUAACAAUUUUUUUGAUUCUUAAAAUAAAUGAGUUCUUCACAGAUUCAUCUUCCACUAAGAGCACCGAGGUGAAGGUUUCUAAAACAAAAAGAAAUAUUAGUUAUAUAAUUAUUUAUUUAUGUUUUUUUUAAAUUAGUUAAUUAUCUAUUUGAAAGACAUGUGUCUUUUUAGUAUCCCAUAGUUUCUUAAGAAAACAUAACUAAAAACUUUUGCUCAUUCUCUCUUAUUUUCAUUUCUUUUUCUUUUUCUUUAAGUACUAAGAACUCUUGCUAAUACUACCAUCGGAGCUGUUCGUACUAACCAUGAACUACUUAAAUAUUCUGGUUUCUCGUAUGAUGUGUUACAUGUGCAGUUCC